AUGACUUUCCAGCUACAAGACAUCGAUCCAGAGAAGGAUUUCAAGGAGCUUAUUGAAUGCGAAUGGGUUUCUUACGAGGAACCCCAGCAGACGUUCUUCCGCCUCUUCUGUCCAAUUAUCGGCCAAGGUCCAAACUCCCGCGUGGAGUCUCUCAAAGAGUCAACCGAUUGCCAACUUAAAUGGCACUUCCGAUCCUACGAGCUAUUGGCAAAAGGUUGUCGAUGGCAACUCCGGGAAGAUCGUUGGAGUGGUGAGGACCACUCGGAAGCAUACUGGUUUCCCGCAGGCGGUCAGCGAGACUUUGUGGCACAAGCUCUGCACCAAUUUGAUGCUCCUCGUGCGGAGAUGGCCCAACGUCCACAGAUCUAUUUGAAUAUCAUAUAUACCCAUCCAGAGUACAGAAGAAAGGGAAUAGCAGACAUGGUGAUGGAUUGGGGCAUCAAGAAAGCCGAUGAAAUGGGUGUGGAAAUGUGGCUUGAUGCAACAAUUUACAGCCUUCCCUUUUACGAAAAGCAUGGAUUCAAAUCAUGAACGAGAAUGAUCUUUGUCCAAAGAAAGAUGGAGAGAAGGACAACGAGUGGGAGAAGCUCGAACGAGACUUGUGUCCCAUGGUUAUGUGGCAAAUGUGGAGACCAGUCUAUGGGAUUUAUGAGGAAGAGGUGACAAAGUUAACUCUGGAUACGCAAUAGCACAGACGAAUUUAAGGGACUUGACUAUGCUCAAUGGUGACUGCUACAAAUGGUGGUUCGGUUCUAUUGAUCAAGUUAAACCAACAACUUCUCAUCUCAGAGUAUUGAUUGGAGC